AGCCUGCUGCUGCAGUCGCAGGCAUGCCGGAAAACUGAAAAGUAAACACAACACAUAACACGACACAACUGCAGCAACUACAGACAACGCCAACACGACCUCGAUCACGUCUACCUGGUACAUAACAAAAUACAAAUUAUUGUACUAUUAUUGUUGUCAAGUUGUUUGUUGUUGUUGUUAUUGCGCCGCUGCUGGCUGCUGCAGUGCUGCACUCGACAUUUCGACGGUCAACACUCAACAGUCUUCACUCGACAGUUAAUGACAACAAUUGCCCGUAAUUGUUACUGCUGAAUUUACCAUCUUGUCUUAUUCGCCGUCGCCAUGGAAGACGAAUCCCAACUCAAAGGCGGACAUGCCCAAGCAGUCAAAGCCGGCGGCAUGCGCAUCGUGCAACACAAAAAUCUCAACUCGGCCGCCGACAAGAUAUCUGCCGCCGCUUCGGACGAGGCCAAUUCGGUUUUGAAAGUCUCCACUAGUCCGCCCAAGCAGACCGUGGUGCCGGUGCACGCUCACAACGACUAUCCGACUCAGGCCGUCCAGAAGACCCACGACAAGCCGACGCCCAGCCACGAGAUGAGACAGCACACAUGCACGAAACCGACCAUACAUCAACCGCGCAAAUGAACGCGACAGCGUCGACGCGCACAAAAGAGACUGGGCUCGGGGGCGUACGUCGUUCGACACGUUCCCGGAUUAUUCUUAUUAAUAUUAUGAAUUAUUACCUCUAUACACAUUCUAAACCCAAACAAUUUUUAGGUUUAAGUUUACUUUUGCAUUUACAUUAUGGUGAAUAAUGAUACCUAUCUUCUUCUCCUGCUACCUAUGGCAUUUCUCAUCUUGUUCAUUCCGUUACAAUAUAAUAUUAUUUUAUAUCUAUAUAUGUGUAUAACAGUUUUGUAUUUUGGGAUGUUCAUUUGGCGUCAUGCUCGGGAAUUAACAGGUUGUAAUUACGUUUCAAAUAAUCAAAUCAAGUUAAAUCAAUCAAUUUUAUUUUUAUUAUGAAUAAAGUUAUUUUUUUUGGAA